UAGCAACGACUAACGAUUAGAAAAACUUUGGUUAGAAUCUGUAUAUUAUGUGUUACAUACAUUCAGUUAAAAUAUCUCUAUAAUUUGUUUUGUGUUAAAUUCGAACUUGCUAAAUAUUAAACAGUUUUACAAUAUUUGUCAAAUGUGUUGACCAAAAUGGAAGUUGGAGCAGUAAAACAAGCCUUUAACAACGAGGUUAUUUUACUGAAGAAGAAUUUGAAUCAAGCUAAAAUUCAGGUUAUCCAUAAACUUACUAGGAAAGCAAAAACCUUGACUCAGAAAAAAGUUCCUGAUCAUGUAGAGGUGAAAUUUAAAAGGAAAGCGGAAUCUGCUGUGAAUGAAGUUUUGGCUAUUAAGAAACUCAAACCUAAAGAUGUGGCCAAAUUUAUAGUGACACACACAAAGGAACUAAAACAAUAUUUAAACAACCCAAAAGCUGACCAGGAUAAAGCAUGUGCCAGAUUAUUACUUCAUAAAUCUUUACAAGAAAAAUAUAGGUUCAUUAGAGGCAGAUUUUCUAAUAUUCCUAUAGAAGAUCUGUUAAUGUCUAGACAAGAAAGGAGAAAACUUAAAAAAGAAGCAUAUGAUAAGAAGAAGAAGAAAGGUAAAAAUAGUGAAGUUGUGAAUUCUGAAGGUGAUCGAGAUGUCUUAGAUGAUGAAAUGGGUGAUGAUAUAAAGGACUCUGAUAACAGUGAUAUAUCUAAUGAUGAAGCUUCAUCAAAUAAUGAAGAACAGACUAAUGAAGAUGAUUCAAAUGCAGAAAGUGGUAAUGAAAGUGAUGCUAAUUCAGAGGAUGGUAAAAUAAAUAUGCUACAUAAUGAUUUUGAAACUGACAAUGAUAAUAGUUUAAACUCAGAAACUGUUGAUUUAAAACCAAUCAAUGAUAACUUGAACAGCAAAGCAGAUUUGUUACUGCACAAAAAGGAACCAGAAAAAAAUGAUUUAGAAGCAAUCAAAAAUAAUACAAACAGUAAAGCAAUGUUAAAAUCAGAUGUGUUGCUACACAAACAGAAACCUGAAAAACAAAUUGAAAAAAAUGAUUUAGAAGCAAUCAAAAUAAAACAAAUUGAAAAAAAUAUGAACAGUAUAGCAAUGCAACCAGAUGUGGUGCAACACAAACAAAAACCUGAAAAACAUAGAGAAAAAAAAGAUAGAACAAAGGACAACAAGAAAAACAAAAAUCUAAAUGAAAAGCUAGUUACAAGAAAAUUCAAGAAACAUUCAGAAGAUAUUCUAGUUAAUGCGACAAAAAUUGUUGAUCCCUUUUUUGUAACAUCCACUGGAGAGAAUUAUAUGUCAUUAGCAGAACCUAAGCUGCCUGAUGAAGUAAAAGAGAUUCACAAACAAGGAAAUAGAAAGCUUAGGAGAGCCAUCAUGUUUGGACAUGUUCCAAAAAGCAAAGCUAGACGUGAUGGUUUUAAAGCAGACAUGUCCAAUAGGCGUAAUGGUGUUGAGAAAUCAAAUAGAUUGAAUAAUAAAUUUGAUAGACAAAGAGAUGCACGUAAAAGAGGUAAUGACAGGGAUAAAAAUGUCAAUGAUAAUAACAAAAGAUCUAAUUUCAAUGAUACAAGAUUAAAAUCUAUUGAGUUGCAAGACAAAAAGCCUGAGAAACUUCAUCCGUCUUGGGAGGCAAAGAAAAAGAAAUCAGGCAUUUUACCAUUCCAAGGUAAAAAGAUAGUAUUUGAUAGUUAAUAAGGUUUAUUGUACAAUAAAAACUAUUUA